AUGACUUACGGUGAAGCAAACUCUUAUCAAGGUGGCGAAUCAAACUCAUACCAAGGUGGUGAAUCCAACUCUUACCAAGGUGGAGGUGCUGUCCAACAAUCCUACGGUGGAUACCAAAAGCCUGAUGUCUCUCAAGCUGCUAGAUACGCAAAGCAACACGCUCAAGAUGAUGAUGACGAUGAUGAUGACAAGGAAAACCUCUUUUCCAACAUUUUGAGCAACGUCUUUGAUCGCGAUGACGACGAUGCUCCUCAAAAGCAAAGCAUCAACGAAAACGAAGCUCAAAACGCUGCUCAGGCUCAUGACCAAGUCUAUAACCAAGGCAACACUGGUAACGUGUCUUCUCGCGAUAUGGGAUCUGCUGCUGCCAUGCAAGCAUUCAAGAUGUUCUCUGGUGGAGGAGGUAGCAGCAAUGGCGGUGGAUCUUCCAACCAACUUGUUGGUUUGGCCAUGGGUGAAGCCAUGAAACUCUUCAAGGCACAAGGUGGUAGCGCUGGUGGUGCUAAUCAAAGUGAAAUGCUUCAAAGCGCUGCCAUGAUGGCAAUGAAAUUAUUCAUGGCACAACAGGGCAACAGCCAAGGUGGCGGAUCCGGUGGUGGUCUCGGUCAAGUGAUGAGUAUUUUGGGUAGUUUGAGCGGCGGUGGAGGUCAGCAACAGCAGCAACAACAGCAAUCUCAUAGCAGUGGUGGAGUUGCUGGCUUAUUAGGCAAGUUUUUGUAA